GCUGUUGCACCGCGGUAUCGAAGGGCUAGAACCAACGGCAGGUUCGGGUAGCCUGCGCUUUACAAGACAAUGUCUUUGUACAUCGCUUUCUGAUGUUCUUUAAGGCACUUAUCGUAAGUCAAGCUUCACUUGCUGAAUAGUCCUCAUAUCCUUCUACAUUGCGCUCGAGCUUACGACUCUCUUACGUUGGGUCUGCACAUCCGUCUGCGGUCUGACUCUACGAGCGAUGGCAAGCGGAUCAGAAGAUAAAUCCGUGGCAAUAUCACCCACGCGUUCGCAUAUAUCACUGGCUCAGGCUCGGGAGAGAUUCGCAUACCACAAGCGCAUAUGUGCAUAUGACUUCGCCGCCUGCACCGGUUGCUUACCUACACGACGUGACCACAGACUGCCAGAGACAGAGUCCAGCCUGGAGACUCUGCCAGAUCCCGCUUCCAGCGAUGCGGAAACACCAAAGGAUAUCUCAUCAGUCUCCGAACCCAAGUCGCCACCAUGGCUGACAGCGAUCGAUAAAACCUCCAGUCCGGCGUCCUUACAAAGCGCACAAAGCAUUCGAUUUCAGCUUCUGGAAGAAUUUUGCCACAGUUAUUUCCCCCUCCGCGACCAAGAUACAGACCACAUGUACACCAAGUUGCUGUCUCGAGAUAGUCUUCAGCCGAUAACCGUAGGAAUGCAAGUAGCAGUCGAUGCACUCUGCCUUCUCCAGAUGGGCACGAACUACCGGGAUUCUUACUUACUGCAUCAGGCCGUAGCUCAAUACGACAAAGCCCUUGUGAAUCUGCAGUACGAUCUUUCCAGGGUGAGUGAUGUGACAAGCAACGAGGGAAUCUUAGGGACCAUAUACGUACUGGGAUUCUGUGAAAUGUUUCGUGCCGUCUCCAGCAACGGCCACGGCGAGAGAACACACCACUUAGGCCUGCAAGGGAUGCUAAUCGCUCGAGGACCGGACAAGCAGUACUCUGCAUUCGCGCAGCUCCUGCUUUACAACUUGCGCCAUCUCACCGCCAUAUAUGGUGCGAUUGAUUGCAAGCGGGUUCCCCUUCGCGAUGCAGCAUGGAAGCGAUGCGCAGCGAUGACCUCUAGGUUGACGACUGAGCUUAGCGAUCUUGUGCUGGAGGUGACAGACCGACUAGCGGCGCACAAGCCAAGAGACAGACAUACACUGACCAACGCGUUGCUUCCCUGGUCGAUGCUUGAAAGCAGGCUGCAGUCGUGGCUAGUGAGGUGGAUGCGGUCAUUCGAGCAUUUACCAUACAGGACCGUUAAGGCAACAGCAUUCACACACUUUACAUUGCAUACUAUCGGAUGCCCGAAUGUUUUCCCGCGUGCCUACGAGUUUCCCUCCUUCGCUAUCAGCUCGGCACAAACCACCUACUGGAUCAUGUCACUGCAGGUCAAGCAGAAGAUCCUAGAGAUUGACUCGAUAUGCGAUGAUCGCCCUUUGCGCAGCCGCCUGCAGGCUCUAACGGACGAGGCUACAGAGUGCGCAACCCAUCUCUGCCAGAGUGUAGCGUGGAUGACCUUACCGCAGCAUGGAUCGUGUGGCAUCAUGCGCGCCUCGGGGCCUCUCCACUACGCUGUUCGGUGGUUCGACAAGUUGAAGGACUGGCGUCGGGUGGCAUGGUGUGGGAAGGUCAAGUCAAGCAUUGAAAGCUGUGGAAUGGUGUCGCCUUAUUCGGGUAAUUUCGUGAGCGAUAAUGAGCUGAGCGUGCAGGGAGUGGAUGAUGGGCCAGGUCCACGGUGGGAAGGGUAAAGAACGAGUUCUUAAGGUAUGUGUCUCUGGUCAAAUGGGCAUGUGAAAGUUGAUGAGAGCUAUCGUCCGCGGCCGGACAACCUUCACUGUAUGACUAAGGAGGCUUCCCACGAUCGUG